GUUACACAAUGCAUGUGAUCCGUCCGAUCUUUUACGCGGUUUUUGAGCUAACCCUAAAAAUGCGGUGGAAGUACGACAUGAAAAUGUGAGUUCGCAGUCACGUCUCGCGUUAAUGCAAGCUCGCGAAGGAAAACGGGAGUAGUGGGGCGGCGGCUGGACAUGGCGCAAAGUGACUCGUUCGUGCUGUGGAGCAACGUCGCCACGCCGGUGACCGAGCUGCGGUCCCGAAGCCGCUUCAGCAACCGGAGUGCGUCCUUUUCGCGGCAGCAACAGGAUUUCGGCACCCCAGCAGCUUCGUACACCAGCACCAUCGAUCACGCAAGCAGAAGUGCGAACGCCUUCGCGGGAGGAUCCAUCGCAGACUUCGCGACGCCCGGUGGCAGCAGGGCUUCUCGUGGCGGCGGCAAUGUAAGCGCGAAUUUCGAAGCCGCCGACAUGACCGCCUUCAGCGCGUCGGCGCUGGCGACUGAGCAUCCGGCGGUCGUCGCUACUGCCGGCAUAUACUCGGAUUUCAUGGAAGCCUUCCAGGCACAUCGCAGUAGCCAAGACGUCCUCACGCUUAUCGAAAAAUACGCUACCCUGUGCGAUAGUUACUUAGGCAAAGUGCGUAAAGUGACGGAACGCAUGGUAUCUCGCAAGGGCGAGCAGGUGUGGAUGGAAGCGAUGGCGUGCCAAACAUUGCUCACCGAAGAGCGAAACACUUGGAAGCUCACGGGCGCCCUCCUGCGCGACCGUCUCAAGGCAGACGAGAUCAUGGAAGAAGGCGGCGGCGACACCAUGUUCGUCGACGGAACUCGCGAAGCUAGCGACAGAGAAGUCGUGGACGCACUCAUGGCGAGGGACUCGUUCGCACGCCAGGCACAACUAGUGGUCGACUGGCUGGAAAGCUGCGCGGCCCAUCAACGCGGUAUGGGGAACGACGACGACAGGCUCGAGUACUUUGCUGACGGAGGCUGCGCAUGGGAAAACACGCUUCACCAUGUGCAGUCCCGCGCCUCCGUCGGUAAUGCGCCGUCGUCAUACGUGACUGAACUAGACCCGGACGCACCUUCGAGGCAGCGGUUGCCGAUACACGACCUCGACCGUGAUGACGAAUACCGCCUCUUCCGCAGCGUCUUCUUCCACCUGCGGGCGGGCCAACUGCAGCGGGCUCAGGAGCUGGCUGCCGACAACGGUCAUCAUUGGCUAGCCGCUGCCCUUGAAGGCUGGCGGCCCCACCACGACCCGAACAAUGGCAGCAUGAUCGGCGCCGACUCCGUGCAACCCGCAGAAGGCAACCUCUACCGGGACCUGUGGAAGCGCACCUGCUGGGAAGCUGCGUCGAAUCCCACGUGUUCGCUGUACGAGCGCGCCGUGUACGGUGCUCUGAGUGGAAACGUGCAAGCAAUGCUGCCUGCUUGUACAACGUGGGAGGAUCAGCUGUGGGCUCGCAUGCGCGCUCUGGUCGACGUGUGCGUGGAGCAGGAGCUCCGCACUGCCACGCAGCAAGCCAGAAGCCUCGAACCUCUGCCGCCGGGCUACCCCAGUGACCGUGGAACCUUUGAAGCCGUUUUCCGUGACCUGCAGGCAGCUGUGGGUGCGAGCGACACGCGAGACCAGGAGAUCAUGCACAUCUUGCAGCGAUGUGUGGUGCUGGACGAUGCCGUUUCCAUGGUUGAAGAGAUGCACGACUGGGCAACUGCUCAGGCGAUGGAACCGCCGCUUCAAACCAUGCGGUUUCUGGCUCACAUGGUACUUCUGCUGCGACAAGUCGGCUGCGAGACCGGCACUGGGGCGUGCAGCGCACUUCUCCGCACCUACGUAGACCUGCUCAUCGACGAGGGCCACGUCCCCUUGGUUGCAACGUAUGCAGCCACUCUUCCUGCAACCGACCAAGUUGCCAAGUACACGCAGCUGUUGCGCAGCCUCAAAACGAGAGACCCCGAAGAACAAGAGCUCUGCCUUCAGCUUGCGCGGUCGGCUGGGCUAAACGUUCCUGCGAUUACCCGAACACUGGUCGAGCAAAUUCGAAUUUCCGGCGAGGAACCAGUAGAACUUCGUGCAACCUCCACUGUGCCUUCCAUGGAGACCACCGCCGAUGAUGAAGAGAAGGUGGCAUCACUGGAGUGGCUCCUCAUUGACAGUUCUACCAGGGGUGAGGCGAUUAAGCAAGCCAAUGCACUCAUGCGUGGCUUUGUGUGCCUUGGGAAGAUUGGUGCCGCACGCAAGACAUUCCAUAAACUGCCAGCGGACUCCGUAAGGGUGGCCAUGGAGCAGUGGAGCCGCUCGUCAAUACACAACAGGCAGCUGCCGGCAGAAGACGAGAAUGCCGUGCGGGAGUUCAUGUGCUUUGAGGCACUGUUGAGGGUUCACGUCAGUUUUCAAGAGUGGUUUAAUCAGUUUCACCGUAGGAAGCCGACGCCCCCUGAAGAGCUUGCUCCAGGAGCCCGGUUUGCCGAAAAACUGGCCCAUGAGCACAAGAUUCGGAGCUACACUGUGGAGCUAGAGCACUGGAAGGGCUUGGUGACUACUCUUGCUAAAGACGUCAAGAGGGACGUCUUUGAUGUGCUCCUGUUCGUGGACGGAGGCUGGAUGGUGGACCAGAAGGAAACGCCAGGCAGCGUCGACAAUGCGCGAAGCCGGCAGAUGGCAGCACUGCGCAGGCUGUGCAUUCCGCAGCUGACAUUUCUUCUCAUGGAGGCCUUGGAAGAGUCCGGGCUGGCUGCAGAGUACACAGAGGUUGUGGACGUCAUUGCAUCCGAGAAGCAGGCAUUGUACGAAGAGUUUGGUGAUGAGGAGCUAGGAACACUCUUGCAGAAAAGCAGGGCGGCAUCCCUUUUGCUGCUGGACCAAGGACUCGACGCAUUAGGGUUUCCAUUGCAGUGAUAAUGUGACUUCUUGUGCUAAGAGUUUUGGAAGGAGUGAAUAUAAGGUGCGAGCAAUGUUAAAGGGAGCGUGAGCGAAUGCACGAGAUCUUCUACACUUGUUUUUCUGUGUUAUCAUGUUUGACACUGCCACUGACAUAGACCUUGUAAAUGACAUCUAGCCUCUUUUCUAUGCAUGUGACUUACAGCAUAACAAUUCGUUUAUAUCGCAGCAGAAGCUGCCGAAAGCUCGUUGAAAAAGUGAUUGCCUUUGUUGUUCAAUUACUUGGGAAAAGCUGUCAGCGGCUGCAAUACCAUCCUUGUUCAAUUUUUUUUUAUGUUGUCUGUUUCUAGUAACAUUAACAUUUUUUUACUUAAGCUCUAGGGCCUCAUUAAUGCAUUGCAAAGACAACCCAUCACAGCUUGUACAGGAUGUGUUAGAAGGCAAUUUGUUUAUAGGGUAUAAGAAAUUCGAAGCUCUCUCUUCGCGCACAGAUGAAAUAAAAAGUGAACCAGCCUUUUGCAAAA